UUUGCGUUCGUGUGCGAUGAGUCGCAAAAUAUGCUUACAGAGCUGGCUCUCAGCGGCUGCACAACAACAACAACAGUAGGGACCUCGAGCUUGAGCGUCGAGUGGCGUAUAAGAAGGGCUUCGUUAUCCUCGCAAGAGUCCCCGUUGCGCUCAGCCACCUCUUGUCGUCUGCCACCAACCUCUCCUCCGAAUCAUCCUAUUCGCGACAUCCUCACCUUCACAGCAGGUCUGUGCUGGUCGCACCUGCCUUCAGAGCAGUACGCUUCAAAUAGCUUCCAUCAAUCUCGCUGCGUCAUUCCGCUAUAAUUCUUCACAAGUCACAUCAAACAUUCGUCAAGAAUGCAGGUCAACUCUGUCACCUUCGCGCUGGCCGUUCUAGCCGGGCUAGCGGCUGCCUUCCCAGUCACCUUGCCCGACAAUCACAAUAGUCCUGAAAUUAGCGCGCAGAAGAAUUCGCUUCAGGCUCGCGAUCCUCGUCCCCAAGGAUUUCCUGCAGCAAAGUACGAUCCCACGCACAGUAGCAGAGAGAAAGAAACCUUCAAGGCUAUGACGCCGGGUCCCGAAAAGUACAAUCAAGAGCCGUUCAAGAUGCCAGAAGGACUCAAGCAUAAUGGAUCGGGACAUCCUAGCGAGACGAACCAUGACAAAGGGCACGGUUCAGGCUAUGUUCCUGCAAACUUUGACAAUGAGCCCGGGAAGAAGAAUGGGGGUCAUACGCCCAAAAGCUUUGGUCCAGGCCGAGAAAGUCUCGGCGAGCUGCCUCACAAGAAGCAGAGCGAGACGUUCAACUGGGGCAUUGGUCCUGAGCGCCUUGAGCCGGAGCCUGGAAGAACAAAGACGACGGCGUCUCGGUCGCCGUACAAUCCGAACGGUGCCUGGAACGGUUUGCCCAACGGUCACACCGGGGGAAGAGGUGACAAACCGGUCGUCAGGGGGGCAAAAACGCCAAUGUUCGAUCAAAGUUUCAUUCCCAUGGGACGCACCGGAGGCGGAGCCUACCAUUUGGAUCGUCGAUCUGAGCCCGGCGUGGACGUGAGUAACAAAACAAUGCGAAGGCGAAUGGCGCACGCUGCCCAUGUCUGACCCGCUCGUCAAGUCUUGCACUUCAGGACGGAGCCGGCUCGCUUGAAGCUCGUGCUCAUACACCUGGCAAGAAAUCAGAGGAGUCUGAUCCCGAAAAGACGGUCAAGAAGUACAAGCACAAGCA